AUGCCGCCCUCCAAGGCUGCCGGGGCAACGGCUAAGAAGCAGCGCUUGACGCUGGCCCAGCUCGCCGCUUACGACGACAUCCUUACCGAUGCGCUCGUCGACCAUGCUUUUUAUUGGGCUACGGUUCCCAAGAACCGCUCGUCGUAUCACCCGUCUCGGGGCAUCCGGGAGGGCGAGGUUGCCAAGAUUAUCCAGGAAGAAGUCAUUGUCCACAAGGAUCUCGAGGCGGCUGAGAAGCGCCUGUUGACGUCGGUGGACGGCCUCAAGAGGUUCGUCAGCGGCCUCAAGCUGGAAAAGGAAAAGACCGACUUCGUGCAACAUCUGCGACGAUAUCUGCGCAUCUACAUGCCCGAUUGCCCCUGGGAGGUCAGCACCACCAACCGCUACACCAUUGUCACGCACGAGGCGUGCGUCAUUGCCCGGCGAUACAUCAAGCGCAACGAGACCAUCAAGUACCUCUCCGGCAUCCAGAUCAACAUCACGCCCGAGGAGGAAAAGGAAAUCACGGUGCGGAAGAAGGAUUUCAGCAUCGUCGUCAGCUCGAGGAAGAAAUGCACCAGCUUGUUCAUGGGGCCGGCGCGGUUCGCCAACCACGACUGUCGCGCCAACGCGAGGCUCAUGACCACGAGCCAGUCCACCAUUGAGAUUGUCGCGUCUCGGCCCAUUGAGGUCGGCGAGGAGAUUACCGUCACGUACAGCGAUUGCUAUUUUGGCGACAACAACUGCGAGUGUCUGUGCCGGUCGUGCGAGAAGGAGCUGAAGAAUGGCUGGGCGCCCGCGGAUGGGGCUGUGAAUGUCAAGGUUAGCGUGGAGGAGGACGAGCCGAAGGAGACGUACUCUCUGCGGAGAAGGCGGCGAGAUGACAGCAUCGGCGGCUCCUCGCGGACGCCUUCCGUGACGCCGGACAUGCGGCCUCGCAUCUACAAGACGAAGCCAAAGACGAAGAUGCGAGAUGCGCAAGAGACGUCUGCGAUUCCGACGCCGGCGCCAGAAGCGACGCCGCGCGGGCGAAAGCGAACCAUGGAGGCGAUUGCGACACCGCCCAUUACACCAGCCAAGAGACCAAAGUUCUUCAUAGUCGCGAGCGGUGACGAUUCGCUGAGCACCAAGAGUGGGACUCCGAGCCACGCGGGUGUUCCCGAGACGACAAUCGCGUCUCCAGAAAGGGAAAGCCCGCAUCCCGAGAUACAGACGCAGACGCCGCCGAGUUCCUUUUCAAUAGAGACUGUAGACGAGACGAAGAGCGAAGAGCGCCAAGAUUAUAUAGAGCUGGCCAACACCACCGUGGAACCGGUGUCUCCCCAAAGUAUGGGCAGCCGUGCUUCCCCCGACGCGAUACCGACGCCGAUACCGAUGCCGCCGGCGGUCGUGGCUCCCGCUCGAACGGCCCCUCGGCCACCGCGGCUGAUGACCAUGUCGAUAUCCUCCAUUCUCAACGAUCCCUCGCCUAUCGACGAUUCAGCGGAACUAUACUAUUCCUUUACGACAAGCCGAGUGGCGAGUGAGCCUGCGGUCCUGUCAACACCGGAGCUCAUUCCUAGACAAGAAGACGUAGCGACAACGAUUACUGAAAAGCCAAGACGCGGCCGCAAACGACAGGAUGUACCCCCCAAGCAAACAGCGCCGCCUCCAGCUCGGAGACGCACACCGGGCGAUUAUGUGCUGACGCCCCUACUUCUCUCGGAGCCCGACAUGGCGUGGAUUCAGUGUACCAUCUGCAGCAACUAUUUUGUCCAGCAGAAUGCCUACUUCACACGGUCAUCAUGUCCUAGGUGCGAGCGGCAUUCGAAACUCUACGGCUAUGUGUGGCCCAAGACGGAUAAGACGGGACCCGGGGACAAAGAAGAGCGGAUCCUCGACCACAGGAUGAUACACCGCUUCCUCGACUCCAACGACGAGCGGCGGGCGAGAGGCCGGAAACUGCUGAGCGCGAGUAAAGACAACACGGAGGAAGCGGAUGGGGAGAGAGGCAGGGCGUCUAAGAGAGGGCCCAACAGAGCGGGCGACGAUAGCCGGAAGGAAGAGAAUUCAAGAGUUCGGCGUAGUGGCCGUGCGAGACGGAUGAGCAGCAAACUUGCGGAGUGGUAA